CUGCUGUCAGUGUUGAAUGUUAUGUGAACCUAUUUACAGUAUAUAGAACAUAAAAAAAAAAAAAAAAAAUUCUCAUGAAGUAAUUUUUCCAUGUUGACAUAGCAGUCACAUACUGUAGCACUUUUGUUUAUCUGUUUGCCCUAAGGGUUGCUGCAUCAAAGCACUAUAAACAGUGCAUUUUAUUAUAAAAAUAUAUAAUAAUUAUAUUUUAUUUUGUAAAUAGUUUGUAAAGCUACUUACAUGACAUCUAUGUAUGUAGUUUGUUAAAGCUGACAUUGAAAUGACUCAUGUGUGUAACUUUAUGCUUUUAAACAUGCCAUCAUUUGUUGGUAAUCUCAUUGUCCUCUGAUGUAUUACCGUCAGCACCUUUCCAUAAACAUGCAAAUGCGCACACCCAUGCACACACACACACACACUAAGAUCAUACUUCACAGUACAGCUUAAGUGGUGUAUUGAAAAGGUAGCAGACAAUACACAGAGAAAACAUAUUAUCAUUCUUUUUAUUGUUCAGUAUUGCUGUGAAGAUGAAGAGAUUCACUCAUGGAAGUUUCACUUGUGUUUUGUGUCUGAUGAUCUUAACAAUUCAUGGAGAGAUCAUAGCAGAGUAUUUUUCAGCCAUUCAACAGGAAUCAUUCAUGCUUGACAAGAGAAACAGCAGCGCACUUGAGCAGUAUCAGAACCACAUUUACAUGAUCAGAAGAAAGAGGGAUUGGUUGAUUCCCCAUGUCAGCAUUCCAGAAAAUGAUAAAGGCCCAUUCCCAAAGGAAGUGGUGAAGAUGAAGUCCACCGCUGCUGAUUCCAUUAAAAUGAUUUAUAAAAUCACAGGUGCUGGAGCAGAUCAGCCACCCAAGGGUCUUUUCACAGUGGAAAAAAUUUCAGGCUUGUUAUGGGUCACCAAAAGCCUGGACAGAGAGGAAACUGAAGAAUACAUUCUCACAACUCAUGCUUCAGCAUGGGAUCAAAGCUACAUUGAAAUCCCUGUCAAACUCACCAUCAAAAUUAUUGACCAAAAUGACAACAAACCCUUGUGUACCCAGGAUCCUUUUAUGGGUGAAAUCCCAGAAAGGGCAAAACUAAAUGAGCCCAUUAUACAAGUGACGGCAAAAGACAUUGAUGACCCAGAAACUGCAAAUGGCAUUGUGCGUUACAAGCUGGUGAGACCCAACAGUGGGGUGUUUCACAUUGACCCAGCCAGUGGAGUCAUCAGCCUGGCCACUAUGGGCAUUUUAGACAGAGAGAAUCAAACUGUGUAUGAGCUGGCUGUGGAAGCAGCAGAUAUGGAUGGUCACGGUCUUUCUUCCACCUGUAUGGUCAUCAUCAAAAUUACUGAUAGCAAUGAUCAUGCCCCUAGGUUCAGCCAAAGAAAGUAUGCAGCUUCAGUACAAGAAAAUAAGGCUGGGGAAAUUGUAGCAAGGUUGGAUGUCACAGAUAGAGAUGAGCCUUUAACUGCAAACUCAAUGGCAAAGUUCACCAUCAUCCAGGGCAAUGAGAAAGGGUUCUUCAACAUCAGCACCGGCCCCAGUGGGAUGGAGGGAAUCAUCAUGACAUCAAAAGGUCUGGACUUCGAGCAGACCAACAGUUUCUUUCUGCUGGUGGUGGUCAAGAAUGAGGUUCCUUUUGCUAUUCCUUUGGUCACCUCCACCGCUACCGUCACCAUCACAGUGCGGGAUGUGAACGAGCCGCCUGUCUUUGAGCCUACAGAGAAACAGAUCAAGAUUCCUGAGGACCUCAAAGUGGGCAGCACCAUUUCCAAAUACACAGCCAAUGACCCAGAUACUGCUAGAGAGCAGAAAAUAAGAUAUAAGUUGCUGCAAGACUUUGCAAACUGGCUGGAGAUCACAGAGGACACUGGAAUCAUCAAAGUUAGGAGCUCGCUGGAUAGAGAGGCCUCGUUCAUAAGAAAUGAGCAGUACACGGUCUUAGUACUGGCAUAUGACAAUGAUGACGAGCCUGCCACAGGAACAGGCACAUUAGUGAUUAAGCUGCAGGACGUUAAUGACAACGCUCCAGUGCUGGAGGAGCGCAGAGUCCUGAUGUGUCUCAUUGAACCGAAACCCGUCCGUCUGACCAUCACAGAUCCAGACGGCCCGGGAAAUGGCCCACCCUUCAUUAUAGAGCUAAAUACAGAAUAUCAAAGCAACUGGACCAUCAUCAGCAACUCCAGCAGCAGUGUGGUGUUGCUGAAGCCGAUCAGACGUCUGGCUCUUGGGGAAUACAGCCUGGUAUUGCGUAUGUACGACUCCAAGAGGUUAUUUCAGAACAGUUCUGUAAUAGUGGAGGUGUGUGACUGUAAGGGUGAUGACGUUCUCUGCUCCAGCGGCCUGGCGGCGGCUGCUAUUGACGUCACUCUGUUCAUCUAUGUGCUAGCGGCCAUCUUAUGCUUUCUUGUGCUGUUACUGUUGCUUUUUCUCCUGAAGAGGAGGUGUGGGAGAAAGAUUCAGUGGCAACAGUUCAACCAUACAGAAGAAGACAGGGACAAUAUUAUAUGUUACAAUGAGGAAGGAGGAGGGGAACAGGACCAGGAUUUUGAUAUGGUCCUAUUGUGCAGCAGACUAGAGGCUUUCUCUGCUGAUAUUGCCCCAAUGGUCUCACCAACGGUCUUCUAUCGGCAACAUGCAGACGAGAAUGAAGAUUUUGAAAGCUUCAUUUAUGAGAAUUUGUGCACAGCAGAUGAUGACCACUUUGUGGCACCGUAUGACUCCAUGCUGGUGUUUGCUCAUGAGGGUGAGGGGUCUAUAUCCGGAUCUCUCAGCUCUCUGCAGUCGUCCAUCAGUGAUGGAGAUCAGGACUUCCAGAAUCUGCAGAACUGGGGACCUCAGUUCAGAAGACUGGCUGAUAUUUUUGCUGGAGUAGAAGAAGAGUUAUAUGUGCUUUGAUCACUAUACAGGAGUAUGUAUAUAAAAGCGUGAUGUGAAAUGUGUUACCAAAUAUGGUGUAAGUCAUUAAAGGAAUAUAGUUCUCCCAAAAAUGAAAAUGUGCUGAAAAUUGACUCACCUUCAGGGCAUCUGAGAUGUAGUUGAGCUGUUCCUCCAUCAGAAGAGAUUUGGAGAAAUUUAGCUUUGCAUCACUUGCUCACCAGUGGAUCCUCUGCAGUGAAAGGGUGCUGCCAGAAUAAGAGUCCAAAUAGCUGAUAAAAACAUCACAGUGGUCCUCAUGUAAUCCACAUGACUUUUUGCUUCACAAGAUGAUAAUUGAUAAACUGGAGUCUUGUGAAACAAGCUCACUGCCACAGUGGGAUCUUGUUUGUUUGUUUUUUACACAUUUUAUAUUUGCAUUCUGCAACUGAAGCUGUUGAAUUAACUGAAUGUAAGACAAGCACCUGUAAUUAUUUUUUUGUUCUGCAUGAGUUCACGUAAGUUGUUUACUGAAGAUUUUUCUUUGGUUUAGUACAGUACUUUAUCUCAUUAUA